GGGUUGGAGGAGAGAGAACAGCGCCACGUCGGCAGAGAGAGAGAGAGAGAAAGAGAGAGAGAGAAAGAGAGAGAGUCUGGUUAGACUGCUGUGUGUUUAAUGGAAUAAUUCAGGGAGUCGGUUUAGAUGAAUCACCUGCACCGCACUGACUCGCAGAACCUGCAGGAACUAUGGUGAAGAGUGUGAACAGCGAGGCGCAGUACAGCGUCAGUGCACUAGAGCGAGACACACAUCAACCUGGGACUGAAAACACCACAGAUGACAGUAAGGAACACGUUGCCACGGCGCCCGGAGUCCUGUGGCGUGUCACCGGGGGUGUCUUCAACGUCACCAAGGGCGUCGUCGGGGCAACCGUGGGCGGAGUCACCUGGUUGGGCGGAAAAAGCCUGGAGAUCACCAAAUCGGCCGUCUGCUCUGUGCCUUCGGUGGGCGUCGGCCUAGUGAAGGGCGGAGUCUCGGCCGUCACAGGGGGCGUGUCCACGGUGGCCAGCAAAGUUCCAUUUACAGGCAAGAGGAAGGAUAAAGCAGAGUGAGGACGAAGACGAGGAGAAACGAUGGACUGAGACGUGGGACAGACACUUACUGUGUGUUACUUCACCGACACAGACAUUAUCACUUCACUAUUUUUAUUAUUUCUGACUUUAAGCUUUAAAAUGCUGAUAUUGUUUCACUUCCUGUUGUUGAAAGAUUUUAUUUUUGAAGAAACUCUUCAUCAGUCUGCCUGAAAAUCUCGACAAAAUAUGACACCUUAUUAGGAGGCCUAAGUAGGGCACACAGCCGUGUGUGUGUGUGUGUGUGUGUGUGUGUGUGGUGCAGUAGUAAUUAUGGGAUGUGUUUCACAUUUCACUGGUGUUUAAUCUGGUUGUGUGUCGCUGUUUUAUUUUCAUAUCACAGUAAAUACCUAAACAUUAUCCCAGGUUUAUAAAAUGAUCUCAGUAAUAUUGUGUUCCCUCUCAGAGGAUUAUGGGAUUGCGUCCGUGAUGAGGAGCGUUAGAACGCCGCCGUCCUUCUGAAUGACUCUAUAAUCAACACACUGUGACAUCACACAACUGACAAUCAGCACACACCGACUGUUAACUGGAAAUUUACUUACAAUGCACUCCAAUCCAUCUGUAUGUGUGUGUGUGUGUGUGUGUGUUCAGGUUGGAUGUUGCUGUCUCUUCCAGACUGUAAUAUCUUUAAAUAAAAUAAAAUAAAAUAAAGCCAUAUGGAACUUUAAUAGAAA